AUGCUAAAAACUGAUGACGGCGUUGAACUUUACAAGGACGACGAAAAGGCUGAGCAUCUAUCCAGGUUCUUUCAGUCGGUUUUUACAAGAGAAGUUGGUGUACUCGCUGAUCACUAUAAUGUGGACGAUAUCCCGAAACUUGACUCAGUGGUUCCCACAAAAGCUGAUGUUCAACAAGAACUACAGAAGCUAAAAGAAGCGACGUCGCCCGGUCCUGACGAAAUACCCGCAAAGUUGUUGAAGGAAUUAGGCACAGAAUUGGCAGAACCUCUGUGUCUCCUCUUCCAUGCCUUUCUUGAUGCAGGCAGACUGCCUCCUGAGUGGAAGACUGUGUGA